GGGAAAGCGAUUGAACCGAAAAUGCAUUUCCAAAGCCGAAAUGAGGAAACACUCAUUUCAUUCAAAGCCGCGAAACAAGUGAGAGGAUAGCUGUAAGCCGUGUUAGGUGUUAACUGUUAAGGCUGUGAAGUGGAAUAUUUCUCAAUGGGUGGGUUGUCGAUAGGAAAAUGUGCGUUGCUGGCCGGGAUAAUUUCGUUCGCGACCGGAAAUGACUCAAAUUUUCGGUUGCCGUCAUCGACGUUUCCGGCACGAAAUGAGCGUCCAGUUUUGAGCAACGGUAACCUUGGCUUUGAAGUAUUCGGUGACAGUGUAUUUCUAAAUGGAGUCUACAAUGGCCUUCGAUCUCAGAGUAAGCGGGCUCGGAUUCCCAAUUACGCCAAUUACCAAUUUGAACAUUGUGCUAACCCUCAGUUGAAUCCGCCGAACUGUGCCUAUCAGCUUGACAUGCAAUACGGUCGGUUCCGGACCGUUUACAAUGACCCUGGGAGGCGAUUUCGCGUUACUCACGAUGUCUACGCUCAUCGUUACUUCACUCAUUCGAUAGUGAAUCGAUUCCGGUUGGAAAAAUUAACGGCAGACCAGAAUGAGCUUUCGAUUCAAAUUCAGCUCAAUCAAGGAGCUGGUUCAGGGGAUAUAAAUUUCCGUGAUCCGGAAAGAUUCACCAACCGUGAAGAUCUGUUUUGGGUGCACUGCGGUAGAACCAAUCAAGUAGAAGAACCCAUGCAUCAAAACGAAGGAAGCGAAGUAUGUGUGUUCCAUUCAGAUGUUCCGCAAAAACUCACUGUUCCAAGCGAUAGAACAUCUCAAGAGAUCCUUCUGUACGCGACAUUCGCCAGGGAUCGUGCCACUGCUAUGAUGGAAAUGGUUUCGUUGACGGUAGUGAACCCCGAGCAACACCAUCUCACCCAAAUGGAAGCAGAUUGGAGUCAAUACGGAAUAACCGUUGAAGGCAACGAUGAACUUGAUCGAGCGAUUAAAGCGAGCACCUUUCAGUUAUUCAGCAACAUUGCUCCUCGGCAAAGUCACUACAUUUUGAUCCGGUAUAUGUAUGGUUUGUCCUCGUCUGGAAUCGGCGGAGAUGAUUUCAAUGGUCAUAUAUUCUACGACAAUGAUCUCUGGAUCAUUCCCACGAUUUUAUUAUUUAACCCCGAAGAAGCGAGAAGACUUUUAUUCUAUCGUACAAGAACUUUCAACACGGUUCUAAGCCAGAACGCCGUUGAACAGGGCCAUUCAGGGUGGCGCUUCCCUCGAGCCAGUGGCUUCACCGGCAUCGAACUAUCCCAAUCAGAUACCGAGGCUAGAUUAGAACAUCACACCACGGCGGAUGUCGCGUUUGCUCUAAGGCAGUAUCUGUACGCAACGGACGAUCUUAGCUGGUUCCAGAUUAAUGUCUGUAGAAUCGCCUACCAAACCGCACUGUUUUGGAAGAAUCGUGUCCACUACAACAGUAAUUCAGACAAAUACGACAUCCGACAUGUUACCGGACCCGAUACGACCCAUUCGAAUGUGACCAACAAUGCUUUCACCAACAUGGUUGCGGCGCACAAUCUGUUUCUGGGAGAAUUCGCCGGAUGUAUGUGCCAAAGCUCGCUGGGACUGCGAAACGAAGAAUGGAAGGAACUGGUCCUAGUGGCGAAAAGUAUUUCGAUGCCUUACGAUGCGGUGAAUGACUACCAUCCCCAGUUCGAGGGUUACUCAAGGGGAAGCCCAGUCGGGCAAGCGGACGCCGUCAUGUUGAAUUUUCCACUCGGAAUGGAUAUGGAUAGCACCACCAAACACAACGAUCUGGACUUCUACAGCAGAUCAGUUGGGGUAAAUUCGCGUGCCACAACAUGGCCAAUGUACACCAUCGGAUGGCUGGACCUGGAUGAACCGGAUCGGGCUGCUGCUGAAUUUCAGCGAACCUACCAAAGAUUCAUGAACCCACCAUUUUACGUUUGGCAGGAGUGGUCUUCGCCGGGAAGCGGAGCAUCCAAUUUUAUAACCGGUGCCAGUGGGCUGCUGCAAACCAUUCUCAAUGGUUAUGCCGGAGUUCGCUUGGCGGACGGCAAAAUGACACUGAAACCUCGACUGCCACCGGGAACGACGCAGCUCUUCAUUCCGGAAAUCCACUAUAUGGGUUUGAAGUUUACCCUCUCGAUACAUGGCACUGGAUUCAAUGUAAUGUUUACUGUUACUCCUGAUGCCCCGACGAGUUCCCUGAAGAUUAUCAUCGAUGGCAGCGAAAGCCAACCCUGCACGUGUAUGCAUGCAGGACGGGAAACGAUCGUCAUCGAAUACACCCGGCAGCAAUCCGUUCCAAAUGACUGUAAGCUGCAACCGACAACGGUGAACAUGAGGCUGGCUGAUCAGGGUGCGGCCACCAGUAUCCUGGCGAGCCCAAUGGUUUUCCUUGCUCUUCUGCCAGCUGCCCUUUUUAGCAGGUGGUUUUAGUGUGCCUUAUAUUCAUCAUAAUAUUUAAUUUUUAGAAAAAAAAGGCGGUAUGUCCCUUUGUUACUUGUUAAUAAAUUUUCAAAAUCAACCAA